GUAGUUUCUUGAAGAAAUAUUAUUUAAUGAUAUAUCUUGAUAUCAAGCAUUUUAAAACGGGUCACUUAAAAGUUCUUCGUCAAACAGAGCUUCCGAAAAGUGCUCCUUUAGCAGAUCGAAUCUUUACUCUCUGUCUCUGAAAACAUUCAUUACAACUAAUCUAUAUGCCACUAUUGGCAAUAUUAACAAUGCACAUAUACACAUGCACAUCACUUUCAAUAGAGAAUCUGCCUAGUCAUGGUGAGAACACCAGUCUACAGAUGUUGGGGGCCUACCGCCAAUUACUCGAUCAGAAGCCGAGUGCUUUGUUAUGGAGAUUGCCUCACUUGCUCGACUACUUUGAUCACAAUCACGAGUGCGGCUGUAAUCGCGUGUCGGUUUCAGUAAUCAGUGCAACCUACUCGUACGCCCCGAAAGUUAACUAAAAAAAUUUGCGAACAGAACGCUCGCCUCUAUAAAAGGAGAGCUGCAGUUGCACUUUGCAUUCAGUCGAGAAUCUUAACCCGAAGGCAAAGCAGUUCCCAGAAUGCCAUACAGACCAGCAAACUUCUACGACGCCGACCGCAAGGUUUGGAGCAGUGGCAAAUUGGAGCACUACUUUGACCCACAUCUAUCCAUCGGGGAGAUUGUCUUCGAAGAGAUGCGACGGCAUCCGCAACUGAUAGCCCAGAUCUCAGCCACGGAGAACACCAUUUUGACCAGGGCGGAGCUGCAUGUCAACUCGAUGCGCGUGGCCAGCUAUCUGCGAUCCCUGGGCCUUCUCCAGUCCGAUGUGGUGGGAAUUAUUGGCAGGAACACCACCCACAUGUCCGCUGUGGCCUACGCUUGCUUCUUCAAUGGCGUAGCCUUCCACUCGCUCAAUAUCUCAUAUGAGCAGAGUACCAUCGAAAAGUUGUUCAGCAUCACCAGGCCAAGAGUCAUUUUCUGUGAUGGGGAUGAGUUCGAGAAGGUGCGAGCUGCCACAGCCCACCUGGACGUGAAGAUCGUCACCAUGCGCAACCAUCCCAAGGAUUCUAUCCGGAUCGAUGAAGUUUUGGCCACUCCCAUGGAGGAAAACUUCCGGCCAGCUAAACUGGAACAGGGCAAUGACCAGACCUUGGCCAUUCUCUGCUCCUCGGGCACAACUGGAAUUCCCAAGGCUGUAACCAUUACGAACAGUAGGCAGAUCCUAAAUUCCAGCCACCGUCUGACCACCAACGAUGUACAGUACACGCACAGCACCCUCGACUGGAUCACCGGACUACUGACCACCGUCACAUCCGGAGUGUUUAGCACAAAGCGCGUCAUAGCCGACAAUGUCUUCGAUCCGGCCUUGAUUAUGCGACUCAUCGAGGAGCACCAGAUCACAUGGAUAAUUCAGCCGCCCACCCACAUGGCCAUGAUGGCUAACUGCCCAGCCUUCGAAACUUCCGACUUGUCGAGCAUAAAGUUCUACCUGUUCGGAGGAUCUCGGGCCUCCGUGGAGACCCAGCAUCGCAUUAGGAGUCGCCUGAGCAAGGACUGUCUUCACUUUGCCUACGGAUUUACAGAGUUGGGCAGCAUGGCCUCCAUCAAUUUGCACUUCGACGAGAAGCCCAAUUCAGUGGGUCGCUUGGUGGCAGGACUCAAGCUGAAGGUAAUCUGCGAAAAGGGAGAGUCCUUGGGGCCGGAUGAGGUGGGCGAGCUGUGCCUGUGCAAUGACCAGCAUUGGGCUGGGUACUACGGCAAUGCGGAGGAGACGCACAAGAUGCGGGAUGCCCAGAUGUGGUUCCACAGCGGGGACCUGGGAUACGUGGAUGACGACGGGUUCGUGUACGUUGUGGAGCGCAAGAAGGACAUGCUGAAGUACCAGAACAUCAUGUACUAUCCCAACGACAUCGAGAAGGUCAUCUCGGCGAUGCCGGACGUGGCCGAGGUCUGCGUCUUCGGGGUGUGGAACCAGCUGGUCGGAGACGAGGCCGCCGCCGCCGUGGUCAAAACACAGGGAAGUGCCCUGACAGCCCAGGACAUUGUGGACUACGUGGCCACGCACAUCGACGCCAGGUACAAGCACCUUCACGGAGGAGCCAUCAUCAUGGAGGAUCUGGUGCGCAGUCCCAAUGGAAAAACCAACCGCUUGGGCACCAAGGCCUUUUUCUUGGAGGUAAAAAAUUCCACCGAAUUAGAAAAUCAGACAUGUUCAUUUUAGUAGUAAGUAUACAUUUUGUAUCCAAUGUCACAAAUUUAUACUAGAAAAACCAAAAAGUGUGUCUAUUUUAUUAGCGAAAACGAAAUCAUUUUCCAAAUAUAUAGAAGGAAAUUAUUAGUUAAGUAAAUAAUUGUAACCUAAGGAUAAGCAUGUUGUCCCCUUAUCCGCAUCUCUAGUUAGAAUUUAUUAGAUUACUAAAUAAAUUAACCUAAUUCAA